AGAAGACUCACCCCCAAGGUCAAGGUUACUCAUAUACCCCAGGUAUAAUUACACCUAAUCGCAUCUCAUCGCUUCCUUGAUACUUCGCACCGCAUACGUGAGCGUUUACCGACUGCACUAUUCGAAGGAACUCAGAGCUGGGAGCCUAGACACCAUGGAUUUCCCUAAGGAAGAAGAGAGGAUCCUUGAGUUCUGGCGCGAGAUCGAUGCGUUCCAGACUUCACUGAAGCUCUCGGAAGGGAAAGAGCCCUUUAUAUUCUACGACGGUCCGCCUUUCUGCACAGGACUUCCUCACUAUGGACAUUUGCUCGCGAGCACCAUCAAGGACAUUGUCCCCCGAUACUGGCACAUGAAGGGCUACCACGUUCCCCGCAGGUUCGGGUGGGACACGCACGGACUUCCCAUCGAAUACGAGAUCGACAAAAACCUCAACAUCCAGAGCAAGCAAGAUGUGUUGGAUAUGGGUAUCGACAAGUACAAUGCGGAAUGCCGGGCUAUUGUCAUGAGGUACUCGACCGAGUGGAGGCAGACCAUUGAUCGGCUGGGACGGUGGAUUGACUUCGACAACGACUACAAGAGUAUGUAUCCGACCUUCAUGGAGUCGGUAUGGUGGGUCUGCAAGCAGCUCUUCGACAAGGACCAAGUGUACCUUGGAUACCGAGUCAUGCCAUACUCGACCGCAUGCACAACGCCGUUGUCCAACUUCGAGGCGCAACAGAAUUACAAGGACGUCGUCGACCCGGCGAUCGUUGUCUCCUGCCCUCUGAUCGACGAUCCCAAAACCGAACUGCUGGUGUGGACGACCACCCCGUGGACUCUCCCCUCGCACACUGGUAUCGCGGUUCACCCCGAUUUCGAGUACCUCAAGAUCCACGACCAGGCUAAGGAUCGGAAUUUCAUUAUCCUGGAGUCCUGUUUAAAGACUCUCUACGGUGAGAAGGGUUUGAAGAAGGCCAAGUACACCGUCUUGGAGAAGAUCAAGGGAAAGGACAUGCUGGGAUGGAAAUAUACCCCCCCGUUCGACUACUUCUAUGAUCAGUUCAAGGACUACGGUUUCAAGGUCCUGAAUGCCACCUACGUUACAGCCGACAGUGGUACUGGAUUGGUCCACCAGGCUCCAGCUUUCGGAGAGGAGGAUUACCAGGUCGCAAUGGACCAUGGCAUCAUUUCUGAGAAGAGACUUCCCCCGAAUCCCGUGGAUGAGUCUGGACGAUUCACAGCCGAGGUGACGGACUUUGUUGGGCAGUACGUGAAGGACGCAGACAAGGCCAUCAUGAAGAUGUUGACCGAGAAGGGACGUCUCAUCGUGAAGGAAACCAUCACCCAUAGUUACCCCUUCUGCUGGCGCUCCGAUACGCCCCUUAUUUACCGUGCUGUCCCCGCCUGGUUCGUGCGCAUCACCAACAUCGUCCCCCAGAUGUUGCAGAACAUCGAGAAGUCUCACUGGGUGCCAAAUAACAUCAAGGAGAAUCGAUUCGGUAGCUGGAUUGCCAACGCCCGUGACUGGAACAUUUCCAGAAACAGAUACUGGGGAACACCACUUCCCAUCUGGACGUCCGAGGAUCGCCAGGAGGUCAUCUGUAUCGGGAGUGUGAAGGAGCUGGAGGAGUUGUCCGGCGUAACUGGCAUCACGGAUCUUCACAGAGAUAGCAUUGAUCACAUUACCAUCCCCAGCAAGCAGGGCAAGGGUGUUCUGCGGAGAGUCGAGGAGGUCUUCGACUGUUGGUUUGAGUCUGGAAGCAUGCCUUACGCCAGCAACCACUAUCCCUUCGAGAACAAGGAUGUUUUCGAGAAGGGCUUCCCUGCUGACUUCAUCUCCGAGGGAUUGGAUCAGACCCGUGGCUGGUUCUACACUCUGCUUGUCCUUGGUACCCAUCUCUUCGGAGUGGCACCCUUCAAGAACUGCAUUGUCAGCGGAAUCGUCCUGGCAGAGGACGGAAAGAAGAUGUCUAAGCGUCUGAAGAACUACCCUGACCCAACUCUGAUCAUGGACAAGUACGGAUCGGAUGCGUUGAGAUUGUAUCUGCUCAACUCGCCCGUCGUUAGGGCCUUGACCCUGCGGUUCAAGGAGGCGGGUGUCAAGGAGAUUGUUGCGAAGGUGCUGCUUCCUCUCUGGAACAGUUACAACUUCUUCGAGCAGCAGGUGCAGCUGUUGAAGAAGUUGGAGAACAUCGAUUACCAGUGGAACCCCAAGAGCGUAGGAAGCACAAAUUUCAUGGACAAAUGGAUUCUUGCAAGUUGUCAAAGCUUGUUGAAAUUCGUUAAUCAGGAAAUGGCUGUGUACCGUCUUUACACCGUCGUUCCUCGUCUGGUGGAGAUGAUUGACAACAUGACCAACUGGUACAUCCGGUUCAACCGAAAGCGUCUGAAGGGAGAAUUCGGAACCGAAGACACCAUGCACGCGCUGAACUCUCUGUUCGAAGUGCUCUACACUCUUGUGCGAGGACUGGCACCAUUCACACCGUUCUUGACCGACAACAUCUACCGGCGCCUGAGGCCGUACAUUCCCAUGGAGACCCUGCCGGAGAACAAUGAGAGUGUCCAUUUCUUGCCAUUCCCCGAGGUUAGGGAAGAGUUGUUUGAUGAGGUCGUCGAGAGGAAGUUCUCCCGCAUGCAGAAGGUCAUCGAGCUGGCUCGUGUCUCCAGAGAGCGGAAGACUGUCGGUUUGAAGAUCCCUCUCAAGACCCUCAUCAUCAUCCACCACGAUCAGGAAUACUUGGACGAUGUCAAGUCACUCGAGUCGUACAUUACCUCGGAGCUCAACGUCACCGAACUUGUCCUGUCAUCGGACGAGAACAAGUACGGUGUGGAGUACAAGGCGGUUGCGGACUGGCCUGUGCUCGGCAAGAAGCUGAAGAAGGAUAUGGGCAAGGUGAAGAAUGCCCUCCCCUCUGUCACGAGUGAAGACGUGAAGAAAUACGUGAGUUCUGGUGAGCUCGAGAUUGCUGGAGUCAAGAUUAUUGCCGGCGACCUCAUUGUCGUUCGAGGACUCGCACAGAACGAGGCCACGAAGGACAUGGAGACGAACACCGAUAAUGAUGUCCUAACCAUCCUCGACACGGCUCUCUACCCCGAGCUCGAGAGCGAGGGGCUUGCUCGUGAGAUCAUCAACCGAGUACAGCGUCUGCGCAAGAAGGCCGGCCUGUUCCCCACAGACGACAUCAGGAUGGAGUACAAGGUCCUCAAGGACCCAAGUGGUCUCGCCAAGGCGUUCGAGCAGCACGCACAGAUGUUCGAGAAGGCGCUGAGACGGCCGCUGGAUAAGGCGGAGAUCACGCACGUGGAGCCGCUGCACCCCGGUGUGGAUCUGGACAAGAUGAUUCUGCAAGAGGAGCAGGAGAUCGGUGAGGCGACGUUCUUGCUGAGAUUGAUGAAGCUUUCAUGAACUUAGCGGUCGGGUGGGGGGUGGUAUGUUGGGUUGUUUUCGGAAUGUUUGGGGGCAUAAAAAUAGUUUUACGCUCAAUAGAGAGAAUUGCCGGCCGUCAUCCCGCGUGUGU